UCACCCUUCUUUUCAUCCCUCAUGAAUAUAUCAGAAAUAGCUAUUAUUCUUACUGCACUUAGAUAACCGGAUAAUUAUAUUUGUCUUCUGUGCUUCUGCGCAAUCGUCAAGAUACUGUGUCCGUAUAAAAGCCAGAUGGAAAAUUAUCCAAUUAGAAUAGCUAACAAUAUGGGGUCGGGUCAAUUCCUGAUAUAUUUUUGCUGCUCGUGGCUUAUGCUAUGCAAAAGUAUUUCGGAGGGCAGAGACGCAUGGCUUCGCCCUGGAUGCCACAAAGUUGGAAAUACACGAAAGAUUUCUAUUCCUGAUUGCGUAGAGUUUACCAUAACAACAAAUGCGUGCCGCGGGUUCUGCGAGUCCUAUUCAGUUCCCUCUGUUUCAUGGGCAGGUGCAUCAUUGGCUGUUUUAUCCAAACCACCGAAGCCAGUGGUGAGUGUUGGACAAUGCUGCAAUAUAAUGAAGUCAGAGGAGAUACAACGCCGCGUAUUAUGUAUUGAUGGUAUUCGAAGUGUCACCUUCAAAAGUGCUGUGACGUGCAGCUGUUAUCACUGUAAAAAGGAUUAGAUUCAAACAGUAUUAUACGACCUUAGCCAUUUGUAAAUUUUAUUUAAAUUUGCCUUGGUGCUUAUAAGAUAAAAUAGACACACUCUUAAGAAUGUUUCUCAGGCAAAUAUAUCUUGAGAGACAAAGGCGUAAAUUGUACUUUUGUAAGAAUAUAUAGGAAGCUUCCACUAAGGCUAACACAUUUUUAGUAUGAUUGAUAUUACAUUAUAUAUGCUAUAACAUCAUGGGGCUAAUAGUCAGGAAUUUAAAAGGAGCGACAAAGCGACCAUAUAAGACGAACUUGCCGUUUCUAUAUAAGAAAUAAAAAUAGAUUAAAUUCCUCUUUUGAAGGUUUAAAUUAUAUUUUCUGCUUUACAUUUAUUCAAAGAGACUAUGUCUUAUCCAA